CACAGUUAUGAAUACAAAAGUCAACACAAGAAUCUUCAAAUGAUAGGUGGAGUUUCAGUUUUUGUUUUUGGCGCAAUUGGCAUGUCCGUAGCCGACCCGACUAAUCCAACACCACAUCACACAUACGGAAUAGUGAUAUACUCCUUGGUUUUUGUUCAACUCGGUUUGGGACUAUUGACCGCGUGGUGCUUAGCCUCGGUGGAAUCCGUGAACCGUGGUUUAUUUAGUUUUAUCAAGAAAGUUCACCUCCUUUUUGGGAUUGUCCUGAUGAGUGUUUCCGGCUAUAACAUCUACCUGGGAAUCGAGUUAUAUGGUGAGGAUCCAAAUUAUACAUGGCGACAUAUUUAUUUGGGAUGGUUAGGGCUUAUCCUGAUAAUAUUCUUAAUUUCUGAGAUACGACACAACAUUUCUGGUUAUAAAUUCAUUCAACCCUCAAGCGAGUCCGGAAACCCAAAUCAAUGUAUACGCUCUUAUAUUCAUGAUGUCGUGUUUGAAAAACUUUUGAUCCUUGAUUGGGAUGAAAUUAACAAAAGAGUCGCGGGUGGUGCCUCUCUUGUUGUUGCGGAGGGGUUGGUAUUUGACAUUCGAAAAUGGAUUGACGUUCAUCCCGGUGGUGCCAAAAUUCUCCAGAGGGUCAUUGGUACAGACAUUACAAAUGACUUUUAUUUCAAAGAGGAUAAGGCUAGUAGUAGUAGAUUGGCAAUCGAUGAUUUCCAACAAAAGACCAUUCUAGGAUUUGACGAUGAGGUAGCUUUGACACAAGUCAAUAAACAAUCUGAAAAGAUUCCCAAACAAGAAAAAGAAAAAUCACUCCUCUCGACCACCUCGAUUUCAAUGGCUAAUGUAGCUGACAGACUUAACGCUAAUACGUUUAAGGCAUCGCGACUCGCUAUGCACAGUCAUUCCAAAUUUGCUACUGAAAAACUUGCGAGCAUG